ACUUGAAGCUUGUUGCGACACGUCCACAUUGUCAAACACCAUCUGCAUAGCGAGCAACCAUGCCAUCUGCGACCACGACUGAAGCGGUUCCAAUUGAAACCGCUCAUGAAGACAUGAUUCAUGAUGCACAGCUUGACUACUACGGCAAGCGUUUAGCGACAUGCUCUUCAGAUAGAACGGUCAAGGUCUUUGACGUUGUUAGCGGGGAACCAUUGAAAUCCAGUGGGCACACUCUGAAAGGACAUACGGGUCCAGUAUGGCAGGUUGCCUGGGCACAUCCGAAAUUUGGACACAUACUUGCUUCUUGCUCAUACGAUGGCAAAGUGUUGAUAUGGGGGGAACGGUCUCAAGGCGCGGCCGACGGUGGGUGGGCAAGGGUGAAGGAACACACGUUACAUACCGCUUCAGUGAACUCCGUGUCGUGGGCUCCCCAUGAGCUUGGUGCUAUUCUGGCUUGCGCAUCAUCGGAUGGCAAGCUUUCCGUGCUUACUUUCAAAGAUGACGGUCAGUGGGGUGCUGAUAUCUUCAAUGGCCAUGCUAUCGGCUGCAACUCUGUUUCUUGGGCACCCGCGACACAACCUGGAUCACUCAUCCACCCGCAACAACCUGGUACACAGCCUGCCGCGCCCUUCAAGCGUUUUGCCAGCGCGGGCUGUGACAAUCUUGUCAAGAUCUGGGGCUACCGUGAAGACACGCAGUCGUGGGUGGACGAAGAGACGCUUGAUGGGCACACAGAUUGGGUCCGCGACGUUGCGUGGGCACCCAACAUCGGUCUGCCAAGGAGUUAUAUUGCGACAGCAUCCCAGGACAAGACAGUAUUGAUCUGGACAAAAGACUCGCCAACUUCUCUAUGGGCGAAGACUGCCCUAGACCCAUCAACAGCCUCCGGAGCACCUAGUGCUGCAGCUGCAGGCAAGUUCCCUGACGUUGUAUGGCGCGUAUCGUGGAGUCUCGCUGGAAACAUACUCGCUGUGAGCUGUGGUGACGGUAAAGUCACGUUGUGGAAGGAGAAUCUGCGAGGCGUUUGGGAGUGUGUUAGUGACAUGUCGAGUUAGGGGUGUUUGGAUGUCAUACUACUUAGAAAUGCACACUUUGGCUCGCUCAUCUGAACCAUGC